AUGUUGGACCUCAGCCAGGAGGCACCUGACUAUAAGCACUAUACACCACUGCAUUUUGCCUUGGAGGAGAAGAAUCAAGACAUUGUCGAAAUGUUGGUUGGAAACCCGGAACGAUGUGCUGACAUCAAUGUACCACCCAUUUCUGGAUAUGCCGAUAUCCUCGAGUUCGCCUGUCAAGAAUCCGACGAGGACUGUACUAAGUCACUGCUAUUGCACCCGGAAGCAAAAUCUUCGAAGUUCUUGCUUUCUGCCUGGAAGCGGGCUGUACAGUAA